AUGUUUAGUGGACUUAGGAAUAGAGAAGUUAAAGCAGUAAUUGAUACAAUGAAGAAUAAGAAGAAUCCCUCUAUUAAAUAUAUUAUUGAUGCAGAAUUGGAAUUUUUUAAGAAUGAUGCCCGUAAAUCAAUACCAAACCUUUAUUGGUCAACCAUAGGAGACAUGUAUGACAAGAUUGUAAAAAAAUUGAGGGAGCUUGCAGAUAAAGAGGAAAAAGAUCCAUCUGCCUCUAAUACAGUGGUGACCACUCCGGGACGUCAGAUUUUUCUUGUCACUCAAGUAAAUGGAGAUGACUAUGUGGCCGAAUUGGAUAUCAAUAAGGACUUUGUUAAUCUGCAAUCCUUUAAUGCUGCAAUGACUCCUUUUUUUAGUGGAAUUGAUUUUAGCAAGUAUGCUACUUGUUUUGACUAUUGGAGAUGCAGCCCUCCAAUACGUAUUGCAUUAGUGAAUGAUAGUGCAGUUCACGCACUUAAAGAAUAUUCAGAGCAGUGUGAGAAGGAAGGUCGAUUGGAGGUAGCACUGCAAUUUGUUAGCUUACCACAAUUGUAA